AGCUGACAUCAACGAUAAAGUAACCAACGAACUACAAGAUUUAAAAGAAUCCAAAACCAUCCGCGAUUGGAGGUCAAAGGUUCUUGGAGGAGGUCGAAUAAGUCAUGAUGCUGAAUCGAAGACAAUCAAGGUUUAUGGAUACUCUCAGGAGCGACCACAAAAGGGGAGAUAACACCCCUCAGUGUGGACACCCCCUUGCAGCUCUAAAUUUGAGUGUCUCCCCCAGUAAGGAUAUCGAUAUGAUUCUGCAUGUCAACAUGCUUUUGAUCCACCACAAAUCAGAGGAUUUGCACCCCUGGAGGCGAUUGAUUCACAGAAGAAUUCUGAAUUCAUACAGAAAAAUGCAUUCUAAAAUUAGGUUCACUCAAUAUCACUCCGGCCUCCAUUUCAGCCACUCUCCCAAGUGCACCUCCGCCCUUGAUACGAAUAAUAAAUCAGUCUACUCGGUAAAAACAAGACUGAAUUGCGAGUCUUGCCUUCAACUAUAUCCGAAACUUCUCAAGGAUUGUGAGAAAACUGCAUACAAAGUUUUGCAGCAGAACGAGAGUUUACUAGCUAGCAGGGUGCUAACAAGUAGGAGAAUAAAGGCUAUGACCUACUACUUGGAGGGUGUUAUGGCUUUGCUGAUUGAAUCAGAAAGCGAGACGUGCAAAUAUGUUGUGGGUCCUACAGUCUCCUCAGGCCCAGUGAAACUAGCGCCUAUGGUGGCUCAGCUGAAAUACAGCAAGAAUGUUAUGUCCAUUUUAGAGCUUAUUACGUUCUUACAAUUGCAUCUGAUUCAGCAAAAGCUGCUGCCAUGGUUCAACAGCUAUAGGUUCAACUUGUUUGUAGUAGGAGCUAGAAUAAAGAGAAAGGAUCAAGUGAUGCAGACUCUGAACUCUGCGGAUUAUCUUACACAAAACUAA